CUGUGUUGGUUCUCAACAGGGUUGCAAGGAUUGGAAGAAAAUGGACUGGAUCGUAGUUGGAUUCAGCCUCAUGAUCCUGUGCUCGGCUUCAAGUGGAAGCGGUGUGCAGAUUGCUGUUGUGGCUCCGCCCGGCUUAGUUCAAGCCGAAGAACGUGUCAAGGAGCUCGUGGUCCUCUUCUCCGACAUAAAAAGCAGCAUGCGGCCCCGCCACUGCGCCGACCAUCUGCAGGUGGGUCAAACGACGAGUGGCCUCUACAACAUAUUUAUUGGGAAAGAGGACGGCGCAGGAAAAGUUGUCUACUGCGACAUGGACACUGAUGGAGGAGGCUGGACGGUCAUCCAGAGACGAGGACAGUUCGGCAACAGCGUGUACUACUUCUACCGAAACUGGACCGAGUAUGCCACCGGAUUUGGCGACCCGGCCAAAGAAUAUUGGUUCGGGAAUAGAGCACUGCAUGCUUUGACGUCGACAGGAGAGAGCAUGGAGCUGAGAGUUAUCUUGACGAACCACACCGGUGAAAGCGUCUAUCUCGACUACGAGAGCUUCAAGGUCGCCGCGGAGAAGAAACGCUUCAAGAUGCGCCUAGGCGCCUACGUGGGUCCUCGUGGCUGGGACUCUCUGUACAACUGCAACGGCAGCGAGUUUUCCACUUUCGACCAGGACCACGACAGCGCGGAAGUCAACUGCGCGAAGACGUACCGCGGUGGCUGGUGGUAUAACAACUGCCACUCGGCCAACCUGAACGGCCUCAACUUGAACGGGCCCCACGACAGCUACGCCGACGGCAUCGAGUGGAGCAUCCGCAAUGGCACCGGCUUCCUGUAUUACUACUCGUAUCCCAGUGUGACGAUCAUGGCGAGACCCGCGACACUCAAUGCAAAUCACGAAAGCGGCUACCUUUGUUUCCGCCACAAGAGGAUACUCGGAAUCUCCGAGACGCGCACGCUUCUGUGGAAAGCUGGUCUGGGCGGUGAUCCACCCAUCACUGGUCGCGGAAUGGCAGACUACAUCACUUUCUUGUGUGCUGUCGUGGCUGCAUUCGUAACAGUGCAGUCGACACCAGUCGUGGGACCAUCCAUUGAACAGGCUGAGCAACGUGUGCGGGAACUGACCCAGUUACUCAGUGACAUCAAAGCUGCAGUUCAGCCUCGCCACUGCACCGACCUCUUGCACGCUGGCCAGCAGUCAAGCGGAGUGUACAACAUAUUCCACAAGGCCGCUGGACCUCAGGGGCAGAGCGUCUACUGCGAUAUGGACACCGAUGGCGGAGGAUGGACGGUGAUUCAGAGGAGAGGCCAAUUCGGCAACAGCGUGUUCCACUUCUACAGAAACUGGACCGAGUACGCCGACGGCUUCGGAAAUGCAAGCGAGGAGUAUUGGAUCGGAAACAAGGCGCUGCACGCUCUGACCUCAGACGAUGAUACGUUUACCCUGCGUGUCGUGUUGAGCAACAGAACGGGAGAGACUGCAUUCGUCGACUACGAGAGCAUUCGUGUUGGAAGCGAAGAAAUCCUGUUCAAGUUGCAACUGGGAAACCUCGUGGGACCGGAAGGUUGGGACGCGCUAUCGAACGGCAACGGUCAGAAUUUUUCUACCUUCGACAGGGACAACGAUGUGGCGCCAUCUGAACACUGCGCCGUCAGGUACCGCGGCGGUUGGUGGUACAACAGGUGUCAUCUCGCCAACCUAAACGGUCUUAACCUGAAUGGACCGCACGACAGCUUCGCCGACGGCAUCGAGUGGAGCGUUCGUGGAUACCCGGUCCGCCUGUAUCACUACUCAUUCCCGAGCGUGCGCAUGAUGAUACGACCCACUGGAUCGCUUAUAGAUCGCCGAAGCAAGCUGGUUUCUCCACCUCUAGUCUGAACUGGGCCAAUAAAUGUGCAACAAAAACUUU